CGGAGGCGCCCCGUCGCCGCGUCGCGCUGCGGGCCCGUCGGAGCGACGCCGCCAAGGGUCAGUCGGCGGCCGGAGAGGGAAGAUGGACGCAGCUACUCUGACCUACGACACUCUCAGGUUUGCCGACUUUGAAGAUUUCCCCGAGACCUCGGAGCCAGUUUGGAUCCUGGGAAGAAAAUACAGCGUGUUCACAGAAAAGGAUGAGAUCUUGUCUGACGUGGCCUCAAGACUGUGGUUUACGUACAGGAAAAACUUCCCAGCCAUCGGGGGGACAGGCCCCACGUCGGACACAGGCUGGGGCUGUAUGCUGCGCUGUGGACAGAUGAUCUUCGCCCAGGCUCUGCUGUGCCGGCACCUGGGCCGAGACUGGAGGUGGGCUCGGCGCAGGAGGCAGCCGGACAGCUACUUCAGUGUCCUCCACGCCUUCCUGGACAGGAAGGACAGUUACUACUCCAUCCACCAGAUAGCGCAAAUGGGAGUUGGUGAGGGCAAGUCUAUCGGCCAGUGGUACGGCCCCAACACCGUCGCCCAAGUCCUCAAGAAACUAGCUGUGUUUGACACGUGGAGCUCCCUGGCCGUCCACAUCGCCAUGGACAACACGGUGGUCAUGGACGAAAUCAGACGGCUAUGCCGGAGCAGCCCUCCCUGCACCACGGCCGCAGCCCACUCUGCUGACCCCAGCCCACACUGCAAUGGGCUGCCAGGCGCAGGCGCAGCGGCCCCGUGGAGACCCCUGGUGCUGCUCAUCCCACUGCGCCUGGGGCUCACAGACAUCAACGAGGCCUACGUGGAGACGCUCAAGCACUGCUUCCGGGCACCCCAGUCCUUGGGCGUGAUCGGAGGGAAACCCAACAGUGCCCACUACUUCAUCGGCUACGUCGGUGAGGAGCUCAUUUACCUGGACCCGCACACCACUCAGCCUGCCGUGGAGCUCGUGGAUCCCUGCAGCAUCCCCGACGAGAGUUUCCACUGCCAGCACCCACCCUGCCGCAUGAACAUCGCUGAGCUGGACCCGUCCAUUGCCGUGGGCUUUUUCUGCAAGACCGAGGAAGACUUCGACGACUGGUGCCAGCAAGUCAAGAAGCUGCCGCUGCUGUCAGGCGCCCUGCCCAUGUUCGAGCUGGUGGAACAGCAGCCCUCACACCUGGCCUGCCCUGACGUCCUGAACCUCUCUCUGGAUGCUUCCGACGUAGAACGACUGGAAAGGUUCUUUGACUCAGAAGAUGAAGAAUUUGAAAUCUUGUCCCUUUGA